AGGUGUUGCAUCACAUUGCCAAUUGACGUUUAGCCUGUGGUCCAUUAAGACUCCUAGAUCUUAGAAUGGAAGCCUGGUGCUGUGGAAGAUGCUGGAAAGCAUCAUGCAUGAUCCUGCGCUGACAUCACAGUGGCCAGAACCCAGUCCCUUGCUAGGGUUAAGGCCAUGUUCUUCAGCUCUCCACUAGCCAAGUGUUGCUAUUUCCUCUUUGCUGAGCAUCAGGUUUUCUCAAGUCUUCCCACAUGGCCCAGUCUGGGUACAUGAGUGGGACGCAUAGGUCUCCCAAUGCCUGCAAGCACAAGCAGGACCACCGUAGGCUGGAUGGGGUCAGGCAGGGUCCUCAGCUUGGGGCCAACGCAGUGGACGAUGACUGGGAGACAGACCCUGACUACGUCAACAAUGGCGGCAGCAGGCGGUCCGGAGAUCAUGCGAUUUCGACAGCAUCCAUCAUUGCGGAUCUCUCCCGGGCGAUCCGAGACGGCAGCCUCGGAAAGUCAAGCUGGCACAGCAAGAAGGAGUAUGCCAACCUCCAAGGACACCAUCGUGGUUACAAACGUUCAGAAGGGAACUAUCUGGAGGACCGUCACACACUGCCACGUCUGCAUGGAGACCCAGCCCCAGGAGCCAGCAUCGAGAGGCCCUCCCUGAUCAACCGAAACACCGCAGAAAAGCUGGAUUCUUUUUUCUCCGAGAAGCUCAGAGUCUGGGGAAGUGACACGGCCCAGCGGUCCGACACCUACGAAAACACGGAAGGUGCUCAUGAAGAGAGGGAUGUUCACCGGAGACAUAAUGGAAAGGGACACGCAAGCCCCGACGAAGCAAGUAUGAGACGGACACAUGGCUGGGUAACCGAUGGAAGUGGAGACACAGUGGCAGAGUACCCCCGGAGUUCCCGAGAGAUGUGCGACCCCCCUGCCGUGUGCCAAGAUGCAGGUCUGUGGCACCCUUGGCACAGUCUUACAGGUAAAGGGAGGGCUUUGGAGGGUCCACUCUCAAAGCAGGAAGGCAGCCGGCCCUCCACAACUGUGAGCAGCUCUGCCAGGAUCUUGCCCCGGUGUCGGAUCAGCCACGUUCAACGUUGCCGGGCGUGCCAAGCAUUUAAUCAGAACCAGCCCACCCCUCCUUAUGAGAACUGCUGGACCACCUUGCAAGAGGAGGACCAAGGGGGUCUGAGUGACCCCCACCAGAAGGAAAGGACACCACCUUCCUCCUUCAGGCAACAGAUCUCAGACCGACUUUCCAAAGUCCAGCACUGGCUGGAGCAGACACCAGUGGAACGGCCCCGAGGCCCAGACCACUGGAGACAGCAGAGGCACAGCAUCCGACACCAGCUCAACCCAGAAGCACAGGCAUGGUGCCCUGUUUAUGCCCCACAGGGUCUGAAGGAAGGGGAUCUCUGGGGCAGAGCAGGAGACGCCAGGGCCUCCCGAAGGUUGGACCCCGUUGCUGAAACCAGACACGUAUGGGAGACCCAUCUAGGAGAGACCCCUCACUGCCAUCAGCCAGUGGCACAGAUCCUGCCCUGUGAGGAUGCCAGCACUUCGCCCGCCACCUGCACCUGCCUCUUCUGUGAGGAACAGAGACCUGGCACCAGGCUGGUCACCGACAAGACCAGGCCUGACCCUUCGGCCGCUGAAGUGUCACUCCGGUUACAGUCAGAGAACCGCAUCUCCCGAAUUGUGGAGGCUUUUGAGCGGCGGACUCUUCGGGAGGCCAAGAUGGCCGAGCAAGAGAGGGCCUUUGAGUCCACCAGGCAGAGAGACUUGGAGAGAAGAGAGGUGGAGAAGAGAAGAGGCCGGGGACCCAAGGCGGGCAGGGACCCCAAGCGGGGUCAUUGCUCCAGCAGCACCAGGGCCCAUAAGUCUCACCCCAAGGAGAAAAAUGGUGAAGAGAAGGAAGAGGAGAGAAAGAAGCAUGGGGAAAGCAGGACCUGGGAGGACCCCAAGGGGAAAGAGAGUCUGCGGGCGAGGAAGCGUCCCAGUUUCAUGGACAGACUGAGAGGGAUCCGCUAGGCUCUGGGGCUCACAAGGUUGAGGGUCCCAAGAGAUAGGCCACCAAAGAGGUGGAAGAAGGGGAAGGGAAAGAAUUUGGAGACUUUUAGUGUAUGUAGAAAAGUUUUUAAUAAAAAUUAUC